UCGCAGACUCUUCUCAUAUGGACGCAACGAAGGACAUGAAUUUGAGAUCCUAUUAAACACUCUCUUUACUUUCUGUACGGUUAGUUUUGAUUGCAAAAAGAGGACAUAAUACGAUUUGUAACGGCAGGGUGACUGUGAUAUCGCUCCAGUGUCUGAACAUCGUGUGUGUUCAUCGACUAAAAUGCGUUUCAUUUCGCUCGGUUCAAGGUACAGGGUGCGGCAAUGGCGACAUGACUGUCGAAGCAUUCUGGGAUCUGAUCUAGAGCGAAGAACUAGAAGAAGAAAAGAAGAAACAUGAAUAAUCGCAGUUUAUCCACAGUAAGAAGAGGACUGAACAACACAUCGCUCUCUGUGAGCUGAACAGAAGAGAUCACUCAUCACACCAGGUGUGUUUGAUGUUGAUGCAGAUGAAGUGAAGUCAGUGUCAGUGAUGGAGGGAGAAUCUGUCACUCUACACACUAAUCUUACUGACAUACAGAGAGAUGAACAAAUACUUUGGCUGUUUGGACUUCAAGCGACUCGUAUCGCUGAAAUCUAUUAUCAGAAACCCAAGACAUAUGAUAAAACUGGAAGAUACGGAGGGAGACUGAGGAUCAACACUCAGACCGGAUCUCUCACCAUCACAAACAUCACAAGCACAGACUCUGGACUUCAUGAACUUCAGAUCAUCAACAGCAGAGGAACUUUGUUCAAGAGAUUCAAUGUUACUGUCUAUGACCGUCUGACCGUUCCCAUCACAAACCAAACUCAACAUCUCAACAUCACACAUGACUUAAAGAAAUAUCCAGAUGUGAACCGUUCACAUGUUUGUGCCAUCGCAGCAGCAGCAGUGUUCAUGGUUAUCAUCAUGAUUGUUGUUGCAGUCAAACAUCGUUGUGUUUGUCUGUCACUAAACAAUCAGGGCAAGAAUGUAAGUAUUACAGCAAAUAUUACAGCAAAUACAACAAAUCUUGUCACCUGCUUUUUUUCCCAAGAGUUUCAUUUUAAACUCUCCCGUUACACACUUCCUUAUAUAAACAUUUACUUUUAAUUUAUUCACCCUCAGGCCAUCCCAGCUGUAACAUAUACAGUGCUUCAGGGUCAAGUUUAUUAAUCCACUUAGGGGCCAUUUAUUUCUCAGCCAGCAGUAAAAAGACUAUAUCCACACCUUUCCAGCAGUUAUCUGUCAGUUUAGUAAAUCCUGACAGUAGGUUUUUUUUACGUUUGUGCUGGCACAAGCUAUAUCACAAGAUAUGACGAUCAUUUCGUUUACUGAUCUGAUUAUAUAUUUGUUCAGUUAAAGAUUGUAGCUUUAAUGAUUGAAAUAGGCCCUAUGAGUGUUAUUGAUGCUUUUUAUGAACAUAUUUAAUCAAUAUUAGAUUAGAUUAGAUGAUUAGAUUAGAUUCAACUUUAUUGUCAUUACUCAUAUCCAAUUACAGUGUAACGAAAUGUAGUUAAGGUCUAACCAGAAGUGUAAUUUGCCCUUGUUCAGUGUAGUUUUACAGAGACCCACCAGGGAUAAAGUUUUACCACUAGCAGCUUGAAAAGUAGUUUUAUGCAGACAUUGUUUGUAGUACACUGUACUAAAUUUGAUUUCUGCCUCCCUUAAGACAGAUGUCUGAUGUCUCUGAUGAUGCUCAGCUCUUCUGGAUCUGAUGCUGUAAACCAAUCUGAUCACAUCUUUAACUGAUCUAUACAGAAGAUAAAAAAGACAUCAGUUUGCAAACUUCAACAAGCUGCUGAUAACUUUCUCUGCAUUUCUUAACUUCAAUGUAUCUUAGCAAUUGAGAAUGUUUGUUAUAGUCUACUUUAUGAAUGCUUAUUACUUUUGACAUCUGUUACCCAAAAUGGCACUUUUGCGCAUUGCUGGGAUUUAGGUGUUACUUAGGAGUCACUCUCCAUUCGUCAACAGAAAACUGUUCCCCAUCAUAACAUUAUUGUUCCCGGUUGUUAGUGGCCUAUUUCAGCACUCGCACUGCAAACACUUCUCAGGAAUGCUUGAGGAACAUGAUACAGACUUGAGGGUUUUACCCUUGCUUCCAAAGUGCCCAGAUCUCAAUCCAUGACAGUUCCUCUUCACAACCUCAGGACUUGAAGGAACUGCUGCACUUUUUUGUACAAUGUAUUUACAUUUUUGUAUUUUGUAUGUGUGUGAGUAUAUAAAUAUUCAAUAAAUGAAUUGCUCAUA